AUGUCUCAGGCACCUGGCGUCUACGUUACCGCAAACUACUCCGAGCCCAUGUCUCCCCAGCACAACUUCGCCCACCAGUAUGAUCUGGACAACCCGGCGCGGGCCAUGUCCGUCUAUGCUCGGAUUAUGCAUGAGCAUACGAAGAAGCAACUGAGCACGGCCACCAACUCCGCUCGACGACGAUCCGAGGGCGCAUCCCGCGACUCAAGUAUUUCGUCCAUAAGCUCGACCAACUCGUAA